AACAAAUUGAGAGUGUAGUAGUGAUGUGCGUGAAUCAUCCACCAGCCUACAAAAUAAGGUUCACUUCUGUCAUGGAAGCACAUAAACAAACAUCGGCAAAAUAAAUGUGAUAAAAAAUGGCGGCUCCGUCAAACGGUAGUGGUAAUCUAGUAGAAGAAUUUGAAGAAUCCUUUCAGGCAUGUCUGAACGUCCUGACGAAGCAGGAGGCGUCUCCUUGCGUCGAGAAGGAAGAGGUGAAGGUGGAAGUCGAGAGGUUCAUCGAUUUAGCCAGGCAGAUGGAAGCCUUCUUCCUGCAAAAGAGGUUCCUUCUAUCAGCUAUGAGACCGGAAUUGUUAGUGAAAGAAGAUAACAAUGAAUUGAAAUGUGAACUCCAGAGGAAAGAGGAACUCCUAAGAAGACAUUAUGACAAGAUUAGCCAGUGGCAGAACUUGUUAGCUGAUCUACAGGGUCACACAGUUUAUAACAAAUGUCAACAACAGACUGCGCAGGCGCCGCCCGCCGUGCAACAAGCGCCCGCGCCGCAACACGUUGUGCAACAAAGCGUUCAGGCGCAACAAAUGGCUGCUGCAGCGGCGCAACAAGCCGUGUUGCAGCAACAAGCGGCGUUGCAACAACAACAGGUACCCCGCCCCCCGCACCCGCCAGCUUACCCCGCGAACGUGCAACGUCGGUAGCUACUGUAACAUUGGUCCGAACAUUGAUCUGAUAUAUGAUACAUGGUGUAACAGUAAGGGAAGGUUUUUUGAAAUUGGUUAUGCAGUGGUCUUUUAUGACCGUCUGAGUGAGGUUACCGGAGGACCAAUAUUUCUCCCUCCCUUCUCAAUCCUAAGCAUCCAUAACCCUUAUCCCCAAAAGGCUGGCAACGCACUCGUAACUCAUUUGGUGUUGCAAGUGUCUAUAGGCGGCGCCGAUUGCUUACCAUCAGGUAAUCCG